AUGGUGGACAAUCUCCUCGGCGUCUGCCAAGUGCUGUCCCGGAGGAACUUCAUGCCAGAGCUGCACCCAGCCGCCGGGACGGACACCAGCCCCACCUGCAGCGCCCAGGAGAACAGCAGCACCUACCGCACGCUGGUCAUCCUGCGGCCACCGCCCGGCCACUCCUUCAGCCCGGAGAGCAGGAAAUGGCCGCCAGCCGAGCGCAUCCACGUGGGGCUGGAGUGCCUGUGCUCCGGGGAGCAGCUGCUGGGGCACACGUGCUUGCUCCAUGCCUCUGGUGGCCAGCUGCCCAGCGACCACGAGUGGUACCUGGUGGACACCCUCUGCACGGGCUCCUACUUGGACCCAGAGAAAGUCACCCGCUGGGUGCAGAUGUUGGUGGCGUCGGCCUGGCUGCUCCUGCCGCACUCGCGCCGUUUGCAGCUGACGGCGCUGCCCUGCGGCAAGUCCUGCAGGUUCCAGCUGAGCGGCGCCUCUGGCCUGCACCGCAGCAUCGAGAUGGUUCUGGCCGUGCAGCAAGGCAGCUCCUGUGCCUGCCUGAGCCUUGAGUAG